GUGUGUGUGUAUGUUGAAAAACUAUGAAACGAUAAACUGGAAACGACUAACAACAACAAAAAAAAAGAAUGAUAGGAAAAAAAAUAAGAGUUUGCCCUUCCCAAAAUAUAAUAUUUUCAAACAAAACUGACAUAAGUUUGCAUUGAAGUUUAUGGUGUUUUUUUUUGUUUUGUUUGGGGUAGAAAAAAUACAACCAUAUACAGAUCACAAGCAUCAGAACUCACGCAAUUCGACUUUUUUUUCGUUCGUCUUUUUUCUUCAGAACCCAACCAUUAUUUGAUUCGAUUUUCGAACGUCAUUUGAGAUUUAGACACUGAUCAGAUUGGAUGAUGUUUUUGUUUUGAUGAUUGCAUGUUGAAUUUUUUUUUAUCGAUUAUCAAUGAAUUUUUUAAUGUGUAUAAAAUGAUGAAAUAUCGAUUAAAACCAUUUUUAAAUAGUGGAUCAUCAUCAUCAUCAUCAUUUGAUCUGAUGAAUUCGAUCAUAAUGAUUAAAUCAUUGAUAAUUAUAUUAUCGAUUUAUUGUCCAAUGAUCUCAUGUGGUAAAUCAUUCAUACCGAUAACAGCAACAUCAUCAUCAUCAUCAUCAUUAUCGUCAUUAUCAUUAACAACAUCCACACAGCAAUCAUCAGGAUCAAUAUUUCCAACUGGAUCAACAUUGGAAAAUUCAUUAUUCACAAUGGAUAAUCAAAUUUUAAAUUCUAAUUUAAAUAAUGAUCAUUCACAUCAUCAACCAUCAAGCCAUAAUGAAGAAGAUCAUCAUACAAUAACGAUGAAAAAACCUAAAUAUAAUUGGUGGCGUCUAGGUACAAGAAAAAAUUAUGCCAAACAUUAUCUACAUUUAAAUGCAACAACAUUCAAACAACGUUGUCCGCACAUUGAUUUUCUAUCGCCAUUACAACAGGAAUUAUGUUCAUUACAUCCGAAUGUAUUACAUACUGUUAGUCGUGGUGCACGUUUCGGUAUUGAAGAAUGUCAAUUCCAAUUCAAAAUGAAUCGCUGGAAUUGUUCGGCUAUGGAUGCCGAUUCUGUAUUUGGUCCAAUCAUUGAUAUCAAUAGCCGAGAAAAAGCAUUCAUCCAUGCAAUAUCAACGGCUGGUGUUGUUUAUAGUGUAACACGUGCCUGUACCAAAGGUGAAUUAAGCCAAUGUGGUUGUGAUGAUAAGGUUAAAAGUCAAGAUGUACAAGGCAAAUGGGAUUGGGGCGGUUGUUCGGAUGAUAUCUAUUAUGGUGCAGAAUUUACACGACGUUUUAUUGAUUCGAUUGAAGAUCCAAACACAUCCGAAGGUGUUAUGAAUUUACAUAAUAAUGAAGUUGGACGGCGGGUUAUCAAAUCUAAAAUGGAAUUAGUAUGCAAAUGUCACGGGGUAUCCGGUUCAUGUACAGCAAAAGUUUGUUGGCGUCGUUUGAAACCAUUUCGUGAAGUUGGACAGGAAUUGGCACAAAAAUUUGAUGGUGCUACACAUGUAAAAAUAGUUCAAAGUAGAAAAAAACGUAGCCGUUUGAAACCGGCACAGAAAAAUGUUAAAAGACCAUCAAAACGUGAUCUAGUUUAUUUGGAAGAUUCACCUGAUUUCUGUUUCCAUAAUGCAUCUAAUUCGUCACGAAUUUUCUCUGUUUUUGAUACGGGCGGUGGUCGGUUGAAUUUCGCAAUUUAGAAAAAAAAAAUUCAUUCUGGAAAAAAAUGGACAACCCUUGUUUUUUUUCGUCCAAGGUGUGGUCCCUAAUAUCGCACAAUAUUCAUCAUACAACCCACCAAUACCAAACCGCCACAAACAUUGGCUAAUUUAGUGAUGAUUUUUUUUUCGUCCAAUACAGAAUCGAUUCGUAAUUGUAAAUAGCAGAUACUCAUCAUUCGAAAUCAAUUUUUUCUCUCGCUUUCUCUCUUGAUUGAUUAAUGACACGCACACAACUAUUAUUCACAACAAUUCUUAAUGAAUUGAAUUAUCGAAAGUUUUUUUUCUUGCCAUAUUAAAAAUGUAUAACACGCAACGAUACCCCAGAUCAUCAUCAGCAUCAUAAUCAUCUGUUUGAAAUGAAAAAAUUUUUUUUUAAAUUAAUUUGUCC